AUGAUGCAGGUAGGUCACUUCCAUUCUGUUUCAUGCAUGAUAAAUUUAUUGCCACAGAUCAACGAUGACUUCUACGAAGACCUUACUCCGAAGGAUGUCGACGAUAUAUUGAGUGAUCUGAAAGCUGGUCGCCGUCCUCAUCCUGGACCACGAUCUGGGCGUCUUGCAGCUGAGCCAAUGGGGAAAUUGACAUCGCUAACUUGCGCGUUUCUCAAACAAGUAGUAUAUUUAGCAUUGAUUACUGGUUACUAUCCAAAACAUUCAUUACAUGGUUUUUCAGGAGGAACCCAAAGGACCGGGAUUUGGACUUCAAGCUGCUUUGAAGUAGAAUAUUAUAUGUAA